GUCUGCAGGACACGACCAUGAGAGAGUAGCUAGCAUGCACGGACAACUCGUGUAGAUGGCGCCUGUCAAGGGGAAACCGGAGCCGCGUCUGCUGCUCUUUCUCGUCUUUCUUCCGAUCUCAGGUGUCUUAUGCUUCAGUGAGCUGUUUUUCAUCAAGGAGCCCCACGAUGUCACCGCCAUGCGCAAAGACGCCGUUAUUUUGGACUGUCAGGCGCACGGAGAGGCACCCAUCGACGUCAGGUGGUUCAAGAACGGAGUAAAAGUGAUGGAGAGUGAACGCGUCUAUCUACUCUCCAAUGGUUCCCUUUACAUUUCCGAAGUGGAGAGCAGAAGAGCCGACAAAUCAGAUGAAGGGUUCUAUCAGUGCCUUGCUCACAACAAGUAUGGAGCUAUCCUGAGCCAGAAAGCCCGUCUUACAAUCGCAAGUAUCUCGUCUUUUUCAAUCCAGCCCACAUCCAUAGUGGUGACUGAAGGCUCAGUCGCCAGGUUUUCGUGCAAAAUCAGUGCCCACCCUCCUCCCAUCAUCACUUGGGAGCACAAUCGGGUCACAUUACCACUUGCCACUGAAAGAAUCACAGUCCUGUCCAGUGGUGUUCUUCAGAUACACGGGGUCCAGCGGGCGGAUGCUGGAAAUUACCGCUGCAUUGCCACCAACAUUGCCAGCCGCCGGCGAAGCACGGAGGCCGCCCUCACUGUCACCCCCUCUCCCAGCCCUCAGCUUCGCUAUAGGCCACGCAUUAUCGCUGGGCCACAGAACGUUUCUGUGUCGCUGCACCAGAGUGCCAUCCUGGAGUGCAUGGCCACAGGCAAUCCCCGACCCAUCAUCUCCUGGAGCCGAGCGGACAGCAAGUCUAUUGAUGUUUACAACACUAAAGUGUUAGGAAAUGGCAACCUCAUCAUCACAGACAUCAAGCCCCAGCAUGGAGGAGUCUAUAUGUGCAGAGCCACCACUCCCGGCACACGAAACUAUACGGUCUCAUCAGCCAACAUCACUGUGUUAGCGCCACCCUCUUUGGUGGAGUGGCCAGAGAGCCUGACCCGUCCACGUGCUGGCACCGCCCGCUUUGUGUGCCAUGCUGAAGGAGUUCCAACACCUCAAAUCACUUGGCUCAAGAAUGGAGAGAAAGUUCACUCCAAUGGUCGAAUCAAGAUGUAUAACAGCAAACUGGUGAUCAACCAGAUCAUACCUGAGGACGACGCCAUCUAUCAGUGCCAGGCAGAGAAUGAGCAGGGAUCGGUCCUGUCCAUGGCGAGGCUCAUUGUGGUGAUGUCAGAGGACCGGCCGAGCGCACCCAGGAAUAUCAGAGCUGACACGGUGUCGAGCUCCGCCAUCCUUCUGGCUUGGGAGAGGCCUCAGUAUAACUCGGAUAAAGUUAUUGCUUACUCGGUGCACUACAUGAAGGCUGAAGGAUUAAACAACGAGGAAUAUCAAGUUGUCAUUGGAAACGAUACAACCCGCUACAUUAUUGAUGACCUGGAGCCAGCUCGCAACUACACCUUCUAUGUUGUGGCCUACAUGCCCAUGGGAGCCAGUCGUAUGUCGGACAACGUGUUCCAGCACACUCUCGAGGAUGUUCCCCUCCGUGCCCCUGAGCUCAGCCUCACCAGCCGCAGCCCUACAGACAUCCAGGUGUCUUGGCAGCCUCUUCCAGACAAGCUGAGUCGCGGCCGAGUCUCCGCCUACCGUUUGUCCUAUCGCACCAGUGCUGAGAAUACAGUCUCACAAUUUGAGCUACCUGGAGAGAAGACCAAUCAUCUCCUGGAGAACCUGCAGCCUGACACCAUCUACCUUCUGCGAAUUGUGGCUGCCACCAGCAUAGGGUGGGGUGAGCAGUCGGCCUGGACGUCUCACCGCACCCCAAAGGCAUCCAGUGCACGAGUUCCACUGGCUCCAGAGCUGCAUUUGGAGCCGUUGAAUUGCACCACUAUUUUGGCUCGCUGGCAGUUGGCUGUCAGAAACUCAGCCGGCGUGCAGGGCUACCGACUCUUCUAUCACGAGGAGAGUCAGCCUGAGAACGCUCCGCUUCAGCUGCGCGCCUCAGAUAAUAGACACACCAUCGGAGGCCUUGAUCCUAGGAAGAAGUACCACGUUAAACUUUUGGCUUACAAUUUUGUCGGAGAAGGCUACCAGGCAGACCAGACUAUCAGCACCCCUGGAUGUGUCUCUGUUCGAGAUCGCCUGGUGCCUCCUCCACCUCCACCACACAAUGUGUACUCCAAGACAAACAGCUCGACUGCCGUGUUUCUGCACUGGGGCCGACCGGCCUUCACUUCCAGCCAUGCAGUCAACUACACCAUCCGCUGUAACCCUGUGGGCCUGCAGAACGCUUCCCUGGUCCUCUACCUGCAGACGAAUGAGCAGAGCCUCCUGGUGCGAGAUCUGGAGCCCAAUACCAAGUAUGAAUUUGCGAUUCGACUUCACAUUGAUCAGCUGUCCAGCCCCUGGAGCCCUGUGGUCUAUCAGAGCACUUGCCCUGAAGCUCCCAUGCUUCCCCCUUCCAACGUGAAAGUGACUCUUAUUGAGGAUGGCACGGCACUGGUUUCAUGGAAGCCGCCAGAUGAAUCCAACAUAGCUGUGACACACUACACAAUCCUGUACACCACCAGAAAUGCCUGGAUAGCUGGGGAAUGGCAAGUGCUGCAAAGAGAAGGUACAAUCAGCAUGGCGCUGCUUGAGAACCUCAGGCCCGGUCAGGUUUACUUGGUGAAAGUUUCUGCAUCCAACAACAUGGGUGAUGGACCGUUCUCUCACACAGUGGAGCUGACAGUAUGGUCAGAUCUCUCCUCCGACCCCCGGCAGUCCACAGCCUUUUCUGAUGGCUUCUACCACCUGGACCAAAAAUCAAUGACUGGGAUCACUGUGGGGGUCUGCAUCGCUCUCAUCUGCAUCAUCAUAUGCGCUUUCAUCAUUGUCUGCAGAGGCAAGAACAGGAAAUUUUCAGCUGUUAAAAUGCACAGAGGAGGAGUGAGCACAUCUGCCUCGGAUGCAGGACAGCUGGACUCUGACGGACAAGCUGAGAGCGCCGAUGUGACUGUGCCAAUGAUGAGUGAAAAUCAUUUCAUUGAUGCAAAGGGUGGAACAAGUCUCAUGAUCAAUUCUCUUGGUCCUGUUCAGCCCAGUGCUGACAAGAAAAAGAAGUGGUUUUCCUGCCGCAACAAUGUGAAACAGGACAGUAAUGCAUUAGAGAAUAUGAGACAUGGCGCAGUCUCCUACCAGCCAGGCUCCACGGUGUUGACCUACGAGGUGGAGUUGUCUAUUUCUCAAGACCAGCCCAACACCCUGCAGGCCCUGCUCGGGCACCCCGGCGACUCGGAGGGAUCUUCUAACAGCGAGGGCAGCCACGCAACCGGUGACUCAGGUCGCUACUCUCACGACGAGACGGAGAUGACCAACCUGUCGUCUGGAGCUAGCAGCCGCCCGCCAUCUCUGGCAGGGGAGGACAGUGGAGGCUCAGACUACUGCGGCCCUGCUGAAGAACCGAACGAGCUGUCGGAGGAGAGUCAGGCUGACCUGAAGUUACUGGAGUCUGUUCAGAACGGCUGCUGUCAUCACGAGGCCCAGGGCAGUUCUCAAUCUGCACUUUCUCUCUGAGUGUGUGGCCAUGUCUGUGAGUUUGUGUGUGUGUAUGCUGUGUGUGGAUUUGCAUGUGCGUGUGGGUGUGAAGGCAGUGGUAUACAUUUUGUUAAAUUACUCUCCAUAACAGAGAUAUUAAUGGAAUAGUUAGGCCUUUAGGGACGUGCGCAUAUUCAUUUUCUGGCAGGAAGUUAGAUGAGAUUUAUAUCAUAUCUACCGAACUGGUAAAUAUUCUAACUGCUGGCCAGCUUGGCUUAGCACAGACUGGAAACAGACAGAAGCAGCAAGCCUGUUUGUGAAGGUAACAAAAUCUGCUUGCCAGGAUCUCUGUAGCUCACAAAGUCCGAAAUAUAAAAACAAGUUCAUAUUUUUAUACUUUUAUGGCUGUUUUCUGUCUUUGUGCUAAGUUAACCAAACUGACUGCUCUCUGUGGCCUUAUAUUAAACAUAGAUGUGACCGUUAUCAAACAUUCUGAUCUAACUCUCUCCAAGAAAGCGAGUGUUAUUCCCAACAUGUAGAACUAUUCCUUUAACUAUGUCACUGCCACCAAGAGAAGCAGGAAUUAAAAGGGACAAACAAACAAGAGAUGACAGAGAAGAGACUAACUCAGCGACCAAGGAGAGAUUUUACCCAAAUUGAGCCACGUAACCCUGCUGGAACUAUUUUAUGUUGGAAGAAUCCCACCGUCCUGAAUGUCAGUAUUAGAGAACUCUAAGUGUGUGAGAGAAUGCUGUGAAGAAAGAGAGUGACUUUUUUUCUUAACCUUUAUCCUCUUUUGUUCACACAAUGAUCAGGAAUCCAACAAAGGCCUUUCACACUAUAAAAUGUUGGCAGCGAGGGUCAUUUGACUUCUUUCAAGACUUUCUUUUCCUUUCGAUGAAUGUCCUUUUAUUUUUUUUAAAUCUCUCUUAAUUUGUGCUUGUAUGUUUUUGAAAGUAAAAUCUCACCCACCAUGAAUGUUUAAAAAAAAGAUUGUCAAAAAUGUGAAAAAGUGACAUUUCUGACAUUAUUUAAGAGAGUUUAUCACUGGAGCGAAAGGGGCGAAAGUGAAAGUGAGUCCUCUUCGCUGAUUAUCUACCUCGGUUUACCUGUGGGUAAACCUUUCACUGUAUAUUUAAUAACUACUUAUACCUUGUUAUGUGAUGGGCUGCUUCAGUUGCAUCACAUCUUGUACUUCCUGAUGACCUCUUUUUUCCUGACUGUCAUCCCAUUUUGUCUUUUCCUCUUGCUUUGUUCUGAUUUACUGGAUGGUGAGGGCGCUGCAGCCUUUUCCUCUCACUCCGCCUGUGGUGUGGACUGAAGGAUGUAAAACACAUAUACAGUUUCUUAUUUAUCUCCUCAGAUGUUGCUGAGGUACUGAGCCAGUAUUAAUAAUUUUUUUGUCCAUUUUAUCCAUUAUUGAGUAAUGGUAUGAAAGGAAUAAUAAUGAAUGUCUUCUUCUGAUUUGUAUGUCGGUGUGCAGCUGCCCUUGCUACUCCUGUUUUAUACUACCUCGUUUAAGAAUUUAUUUUAUUUAGUACAUUUGAAAAGUCAUGUAGUGUUACAUGGUGAACUGACAGGGUAUCUUCUCAGUACUAAACUGUUGUAGUGUGUAAUUGCCUACUAGAAAAACCUAUGAAUGUGUCCUGAUAUUGACCCCACCCCAGAUGGAAACCCUCCUCCUUAGUUUCUCCUCAGGUCCCACAAUCUCUGCUCUACGACAGACCCUUAUGUUUGUUGCCUUCUUCCUUUUUGUUCAUGUGAAGAUAACCACCAGAAGUGCUUACGUGUGGCAUGUUGGUUCAGAAAAGCUUUACAAUUGGCCUUAAUGUGGAAAACAUCCCUCAGAUGCUUAAACCAAAGCCCAAUCUCUUUGAGGGAGACGAUCCACAUGAGGAUGCAACACAUGAAGAAUGAUUGUAGUCAAAGCAAUUGAAGUGUUAAAUCAGAGAUGAAAGUGUAGUAUUGAAUGAACACCAUUAAAAAAAAUAUAUAUUUUUGUUAGAAGAUAUGUACUGUACUACUGAGUACACAUUGUAGUUACUUUUGAUCCAAGUAGUAUUGUUGCUUUGCUGUAGAGUAGAUAAAGAUUAGCACUUGUCUGCCAAGUAGUUUUGUAUUAUCAGCCAAUGUGCAGCGGUGACUGUGACGCUAUUGCCCAAAGAAUUGUUUGCUACCUGACUUUAUUUUAGUCUGUCAUCUAAUCUCUGGCAGAAGGUUACUGAAGAAUGGGGAAAUAAUCAAAACACGUUCGACCAAAGAUUAAACGCGGCCUUGGAGAUCAGUUGAGAUGCUGCUCCUCAAACAAAGCCUUGCACGUUAGUGGCCUUGACCCGUGACAAAAUGAGUGUAGAGAGUUGUGGGUUCAAACUCUGAGUAAGUGCCAACAGGAUUCAAGGGCACUCAAUGAUGAUUGAGUGACAAUUAAUAAUCAAGCUUAUGCACACAAACCAAAUUAAAAUCCUGUCGCAGAUUUCCCUCGAAAAUUGUUGCAAGCAGAUGUCUGUACAUUGUAGGUGAAAAUAAUAAGAGUAAAAUACAGUCUAUUAUAUUGAUUAGUUGUCUGUGUUGCAACAGUGCAGUCGUGUGUAAAUGUGCAACCACUGACUUUUCACCUUGUGAAUGAGCAAAAAUUAAUUAACAAAAUAUUUAAAUCGUAUAAAAGUUUGUAUUUGAGAUAUUUCCUGGUUUGAAAUAUAUAUAUAUAAAUUACAUUUUAAAAAUAAGUAUGUCAAUAAUGUGAUUGUUAUCAAAUUUAAUGUUUUAUUUUGAAAGAAUUACAAAUGGAAAUUAUUGCAGUUUUCAAUAACUUUGAUGGCAUAUGAGAGAUUUCAGAAAAGUCAGUGGAUGUCCAAUUGUUUUCACAUUGCUGUAUUUUCAAUCAGAGGAUUCUGUGGCGGAUUCAAUCAUGGGAACAUUUUUGGGAUGAAAUGUGACACAAUCAGUUUAACUUUCUUUUUGAAAAGCAAACAAUGUAAACCAAAGAUUUUUUUUUUUGCUAAGGUCACCGUUGCAUAUUGGCAAGAGAUCCGUUUUAAAGCAUCCUAUCAUUGUGUGAAAUGUUAAUGUGUCCUCUUACUCAUUUUACGACUGUAUAAUAUGUUGUACUACAAGGAAGCAGUAUGAAAAUGUUUAACUCCGUUCCUGAAUCGCCAUUCAUUUCCUCAAAAUCAAGUUUUGCUCUUUAUUUAUCUGUUGAUUUUCAAGAUAAAAAUGUUGAUUUUUUUGAUACAGUGGAUUCAUUUUUAUCUUGAUAAGAAGGAUAUACAUUUCCAUACUAACUUGAACUGUGUAAUGUAUUCACAUGAUCUGUCUUGUUAGAGCUUUCAGGGCUCAAUCCAGAAUCUGAAAACAGCACUGAACCCAAAACACCAUGUUCAUGUGAUGCUGUGGAGAGUUUAACUUAUGAUAAGAUACUGAUCUCACACUCCACAAAAAAUACAGCCCCAGUUGAGUCACACAGAUUCUGAUUUGGGCCUUUUGUAGCUCAUACAAGUACACAUGUGCUACCUCAGGUUUUUAUUAUUUCAUAUUCUUAUGAAAGGUACAGAGGAAAUACACUUUGUCAUUAUUGUCUGUAAGACUUAAGAGUUAACAAGUGAGGAAACAGAAUGUCUUCCUGUUGCCUUACUGCGAAUGGUGUUAUGUCGGAAUAGAGUUCAUGUCCGAGCAUGACAAUUUAAAGGGAUGAAACACGGUGCUGUCUGCGUAUGAACAGACUCGCUCUUUGUUUUCCCUUUUGCAGUAAUGUUGUGUUUAAUAAUAAUGUGUGGUGGAGCACUGUGGGUCAUUUACAGUCAAACUCAGGGGGACCCACAGCUGCUCCUCCGCCUUUAAGAGAAAGCAGGUGUCAACUCUUGAAAAUUGAAUGUACCUUUUUGUGAUUAUUAUGUUUUCUGUGUUAUGUUUGUCUUUGUCCGCAAAAUUACUUGCAAGUUGUUUUUUUGCCAAAAAUGUUUAGUUAGGAGAUUUUAGAGAGGUUAAUUAUGAGAAAAUCUGAUUCUCAGUUUAAAUAAUAAAGUACACAAAAAGAA